AGUUGCGCAGACGGUCCGUCUCUUAUUCCAACCGGAGCGCGUCAUGGUGAACUUCCCCCUGCUGGUGCUCAGCUGGGCCGUGAUCUCCGGGCUGGCCAGGGCUCAGAACGACACGGAACCGAUCGUCCUGGAGGGCAAAUGCCUGGUGGUGUGCGACUCCAACCCGGCCGCGGACUGGAGGGCUUCGUCCUCCCCGCUGGGCAUCUCGGUGCGCGCAGCCAGCUCCAAGGUGGCGUUCUCCGCGGUGCGGAGCAACAACCACGAGCCCUCCGAGAUGAGCAACAAAACCAGGAUCAUCUACUUCGACCAGGUGCUUGUGAAUAUAGGAAACUACUUCACAUUUGAAUCUGUAUUUUUGUCCCCACGGAAAGGAGUCUACAGUUUUAACUUCCACGUGAUUAAAGUGUACCAGAGCCAAACCAUACAGGUGAACUUGAUGUUGAAUGGGAAACCAGUCAUCUCUGCUUUUGCAGGCGACAAAGAUGUGACGCGUGAGGCCGCCACCAACGGGGUUCUGCUUUAUCUGGACAAAGAGGACAAAGUCUACUUAAAGCUGGAGAAAGGAAACCUGGUUGGUGGAUGGCAGUACUCAACCUUCUCCGGUUUCCUUGUGUUCCCCCUGUAGAAAGAGAAAAGAAAAGGAAAAAAGACAAAAGCAAGCUCAUUGACUUCUUCAUAACGUGUUGUAACACUAUAAUCAAAACAUUGCUGCUGCAUCUGUUGGAUUUAACCCACUGGCUGAAAAUGGAUCACUACAUGGAGAGGAAGUCAGACUAUGCGAUUAAUAGAUUGUUCACAUUCUCUGACGAUGCCAAGUUGCUGCCGGGAUGAAAGAGACUUC